AUGGGAGAUGUAGGUCAAGACCAAGCGGCCAUAAACGCUCAGCUCUUAGCUGACAAUGAAGAACUGAGGGCGAGCCUUAGGACUAUCACAGCCGAGCUUGCUCAGCUCCGGCAGGGAGGCAGGCCCAACGGACCUCGACCACCAGGAAGGCAUCAGCCGGACCCGCAUGACACUGACUCGGACGCGGACAGUACCGAUGAUACGCGCAGUCAGGACGAGGAGAGGCCAAACCGGGGAGGUGGGAGGAACGCGCGAGGACCCCGGGCCCAAGUAGGAGGAGGCCGCGACCAUAGGGGAGGUCGAGACCGAGAAGAGGAAGAGCCUUGGUUGGGAGGCAAGGCACUUAAGCUUCAUCCCCCAACGUUUGCCGGCAAGGUUGAUCCGGAUGCCUACAUCGUGUGGGAGAAGCGCAUGGAGUACAUCUUCGACUAUUACCAAUAUAGUGAGGCCAAGAAGGUUGCCCUAGCAGCAGCCCAGCUGACGGACAAUGCUCUUUCGUGGUGGGAUCGAGACGUUGCCAAGUCCGGGCCAGUGUGGAGAGCGCGUAAUUGGACCGAGAUGCGGACCAAGCUUCGCGCGAGGUACAUUCCAUCUUACUACCAGCGUGAUGUGCUAAAACGUUUUCGUAAACUUACGCAGGGAACUAAGACUGUGGAGGAGUACUUUGAGGAGUUCGAGGCUCUUAGGAAUAAGCUUGAGACCGACGAGCCCGAGGAGACAAUGAUGUCCCAAUUCCUGGAAGGGCUGCAAGACCGCAUUGCCCGCAAGGUGGAGAGACAACACUAUGAAGACUUCAACGAUCUAUUGCACUUUGCUACGCAAGCCGAGCAGCACAUCAAGCGCAAGACGGCCAGUACCAGCCGCAGCAAACCUGCUUGGACUCAACCGGGUUCAAAGCAAGGCGACAAGGGCAAGACGAUUGAGAUUGAGAGCCGAUUCAAGACAAACCCGGCUGAAUCGUCCAAUGCAUCUAAGCCGGAGCAGGGUAAGACUCAAGCCCAAAAUUUGCGUACUCGUGACAUCAUUUGUUAUAAGUGUCAGGGCAAGGGCCACUAUGCUCGGGAUUGUCCAAACAAACGAGUGAUGGUCCUAAAGGGGGAUGGCGAGUAUGAAUCCCAAGAUGAGGCAGAGGCCGCGGCAGCGAUCUCUGAUGAGGAAGUAACCGACUACCCGGAGACAGGCGAGCUGCUAGUGACCCGGAGAGCCCUUAGCACCCUCUUUGACCCAGAGACCAUCCAGCGGGAGAACAUCUUCCACACCAGAUGUAGUGUUGAUCACAAGGUAUGUAGUUUGAUCAUAGAUGGCGGAUCUUGUACUAACGUGGCUAGCAAGUAUCUUGUUGAUAAGCUAGGGUUGAUCAAAACUGCCCAUCCUCGACCAUACCGUCUCAAAUGGCUCAAUGAUGAGACUGAGCUCAAGAUUGCCGAACAAGUUGUUGUGUCCUUCAGUAUUGGCAAGUACCACGACCAGGUCAAGUGUGAUGUUGUGCCCAUGCAAGCCGGCCAUAUACUUCUCGGAAGGCCAUGGCAGUUUGACAAGGAGACACUUCACCAUGGCCGCACCAACAUCUACAGUUUCGUCCACAACAACAAGAAGCACAGCCUAGCACCUCUCAGCCCCAAGAAGUUCAUGAUAUGCAGAAGGCAAUGACGCAGUCCGGCCAGGUAAGUAACACUAACCUUUACAUGACUUCUGGACAAGUGCUUAAAUCAUUACAACGUGAGACACAGGUGCUACUAAUGAUCUUUAAGGAAGGUUGUUUUGCAGGUUUAGAAGCUCCUGAAGUACCGGACGUAGUACAAGACCUCAUGGGACGUUACAAGGAUGUCUUCCCUGACGAGAUCCCUGCCGGUUUGCCCCCUAUCCGUGGCAUAGAACAUCAGAUCGAUCUUGUACCCGGCGCGCCACUACCAAACCGAGCCGCUUACCGUGUCAACCCUGAGGAAGCUAAGGAGCUGGAACGGCAGGUCCAAGAUCUCAUGGACAAAGGCUACAUCCGCGAGAGCCUUAGCCCCUGUGCAGUCCCGGUCCUACUAGUGCCUAAGAAAGAUGGGUCAUGGCGCAUGUGUGUGGACUGCCGAGCCAUCAACAACAUAACCAUCAAAUAUCGGUACCCUAUACCUAGAUUAGAUGAUAUGUUGGAUGAACUGAGUGGGUCUGUUGUGUUUUCUAAGAUUGAUCUCAGGAGUGGAUACCAUCAAGUCCGCAUGAAGGAAGGAGAUGAGUGGAAAACCGCCUUCAAGACCAAGCAAGGUCUAUACGAGUGGCUGGUGAUGCCGUUUGGCCUUACCAACGCCCCUAGCACCUUCAUGAGACUCAUGAAUGAGGUCCUCCGACCUUACAUUGGCUUUGUUGUGAGUUCACAGGGACUGAAGGUUGAUGAAGAGAAGAUCAAGGCGAUACAAGACUGGCCGACUCCAACCACGAUCGGACAUAUCCGCAGCUUCCAUGGACUGGCCAGUUUCUAUCGACGAUUUGUGAAGGACUUCA